AUGGAUUAUUGCUGUUCCCAAUGCUCCUUCUCAUCACAGUUUCAGAGCGCCCUUCUCAUGCAUAAACAAUUACACCAUAGUGCUGUAAAUCCUAUUAAGUCGAUGCCAGGUGUGAAUGGAAAAUCAUCUUUUACAAAUAUUAAGGGUAUAAAAUUGCCCAGUAGAACGAUGUCAGCUACGAAGUUGUUUGAGAAGUUGCGCACGCGACUGUGUCGAAGUAAAACUCUUUUUUCGCAUCCCGAAGAAAAUGUGUUGGGUGAUUUCGAUUUCCCUCAAAGUGAAUGUACUUCGAAAGCUUUAAAGGAGAGCUUUAGCAAUGAAGCCAAGGAUGUGUUUUCGUGUCACUUGUGUUCAUUUAAUGCGGAUAGAAUAACAGUACUCGAUCGCCAUCUUUUGAACGACCAUAAAAUUGGUUUGGACAAUCUUCUAAAACUGGUCAUGGCUAAAACUAAAAAUGGUUUGGAAGAUGAUAAGCAGUUAGAAAACGGGACGCGUCAGCCAUAUUAUCAAUUGACAGAAAAUGAGUAUGUAAUCGAAACUGUCACGCCAAAGAUUAAGAUACUAAAGCACGUUGCUGUCAACACAGACUUGACAUUGAUAGAUGUUGAGAUGACGGUCGACAAAAUGGACGACGUAUGCGAGAAGGAUGUGUUUUCGAAAAUGAAGAGUCUUAAUGAAUAUAUGUGCAAGUUUGUUGAUUCGUCCAACACGUUGAAGAGGGUUUUGACCAAGGAGAUGGAUCAGAAAAGAUCGAAUCGCUCCACUGUUGAUCCACUGGAAUUGGGGGAUCGAGAUUCACCUCAUGGUUGGGAAAAGGCUUGCAGCGAAACGAUUGGAAGGAAUAGGAGAAAUCGUGAUUCAAGAAGCGACAAAUUGAAACUCUCUUCAGACAGUUUUUAUUUUUAA